GCCGGGCGGGUGCCAGAGGGCGGGGAUGGGCGCGGGCAUAAGAUGCGCUCCGGCCUCCCGCGACUCCCCGCCUCCCCUCCCGGCAGAGCAGGUGGGCGGAAGGGCUCCGGGGAUGCGCGCGGGGAGCGGCGAUGACUGAUGCCCUGCUGGGUCUCUGCUAGCUCAGGCCGCCGCCGCCGCCGCUGUUGUCUCUCCUGCCGCCGCUCCCCUCCCCGGCUUCUGCUGUUGCACCAUCAUGGACUUCAACAUGAAGAAGCUGGCGUCGGACGCGGGCGUCUUCUUCACGCGGGCCGUGCAGUUCACAGAGGAGAAGUUUGGCCAGGCUGAGAAGACCGAAUUGGAUGCCCACUUUGAAAACCUCCUGGCCCGGGCUGACAGCACCAAGAACUGGACGGAGAAGAUUUUGCGUCAGACAGAAGUCUUGUUGCAGCCAAACCCUAGUGCCAGAGUUGAAGAGUUCCUGUACGAAAAGCUGGACCGGAAAGUGCCCUCUCGAGUGACCAACGGCGAACUCCUGGCGCAGUACAUGAUCGAGGCAGCCAACGACUUUGGCCCGGGGACUCCCUAUGGGAAGACCCUCAUCAAAGUGGGGGAAACGGAGAGGCGCCUAGGAGGAGCCGAGCGGGAUUUCAUCCACUCUUCUUCCAUCAACUUCCUGAGUCCUUUGCGCAAUUUCCUGGAAGGAGACUGGAGAACCAUUUCUAAAGAGAGACGGAUCCUGCAGAACCGCCGGCUGGAUCUAGAUGCUUGCAAAGCCAGGUUGAAGAAAGCAAAGGCUGCCGAAGCCAAAGCAGCGUGUGAGGGAGAAGUGAGUUCGUUUGCCUGCAAACCACCUGGCCAACCAAGCCGAGUCGUCUUCAGCCACACAGACCAGGAGACUUCCAACUGGGUCUGGAUCCUGCUGAUCCGCGCUGUCCCCACGAUGUCCGGCCAGGACCAGUCCGUGUGUUCGGCACGCAUGCGCAGCUUCCCGUUUUCCCCACAGCCAGUUGAUGGACGCUCACCUAGCGCUGGGACAUCUGGGAAGGGCCUCCUCUGCCUGUGUUCAUGUCUGUCCACCGUGUCCUUUGUUUCUUGCUGUUCGCGUGCAGCCCAGUCCCGCGAAUUCUCGCUCAGAAGGAUACCUGGGGCCGGGAUAGUAGGGAAACAGGUGCCCGUCCACCUGGCCCUUUUGUUGGUUGAGAUCAGCACGAGAGGCCUGCCCCAGCAGCUUGAAAUUGGAUCGUCCUCCCAUCGGGUCUCUCUCUCUGUCUGCAUGUCUCCAGUGGCCCCCAUGCAGACGGGUAGAGGGCAGAGCACUUUCCAGGGGCCAAGGAAGGGAAAAGGAGGGGGCGGAGAAAUCUGGGUUGGUAAUUUGGGUGUGGGCAGGAGGAGGGAUGGCAUCAGUGUUGGCUUGGCAGGGGACGUGUGCAGACUCUUUUGGAUGGCGGUGCUGGUUAUUGCAUCUAAAACCGAGCCCCAGCUAGCAGAGAGACUGCUCUGCAAUUCUUCCCCAGAGAGGCACUUCCACAACGGCCCUCCUUGUGUUCGUGGGCAGAGGCAAGAUUUGUUGUGGGGUUCGGGGUCCGGGACUGCUCUUCUUCCGUGGUCUCUGGUCCCCCAAAUUGUGCAUCCCAAUAAAUUUGUGGCUCCUGAACAUUCCAGCGGCCCCCCUAAUGACCCCAAGCAUCAGUCCCCCGGUAACGAAGCAGAGGGUUCAGGGCGGGACAGAGAUCCUCAUAUCACCCCCCGCUACCACGCUGGUGGCAGAAGUAACUCGCCCUGGAAGGGAUCAGCAGUGGGCCACGUCAAUCACCUGCGUUGUCUCCAUGAGUUUGCGGAAGCUCAGGCUACAUACUAUGCGCAAUGCUACCAGUACAUGUUGGACCUCCAGAAACAGCUGGGCAGCUCCAGAGGAGAAAUGCUUCCUGGAACGUUUGUGGGCAACGCAGAAUCCACAUCGCCUCCCCCUGCCACUGCCUCCCCCACUGCCCUGGCUGCUGCCCCCGGCCCAGCAGUGCCCACCAUUCCGGUGGUGCCCACUGUUGUUGGCGUGCCCAACUCUGCCCCGGCUGUCGAAGGUCUGAGCCCCAGUGAUGUCAAGCCCCCUGCCAGCGGGACCCGGAAGGCCCGAGUGCUCUACGACUACCAGGCAGCCGACAGCAGCGAGCUCUCCUUGCUUGCCGAUGAGAUGAUCACUGUGUACAGCCUGCCGGGGAUGGAUCCUGAUUGGCUUGUCGGGGAGAGAGGCAAUCAAAAGGGGAAGGUCCCGGUCACCUACUUAGAACUGCUUAGUUAAGCACCUUUGGGAAGGAACCUUCGAGCAAGACGUCCGCCCCUCUGUAUCCUGGCACCUUUUUAAAAGCCUGACAACUUCACGCAAGACCAUUGCUCUCUUCAGGGUCAGAUCUCCUCCCUUUGGCUUAAGGCAAAGAGGCCACGGAGGUGGUUGGUGGGGGUGGGGGUAAUAUUUGGGUGUUGCCACUUUGCUUUCUCGAGCAUCCCGAGACUCAACCAACCAUCCACACAACUGGCUUGAGGGUUAGCAGUAACUCAUGUUUGGAUUCCCUCUACAAUUUAAGCCCUUUGUGGUUGACAAAUUAAAAGACCUCCCCUUCUCUCCCCCCCCCCCAUUGCAACUGCAAUGAAUUUGAAUAGGUGCAGCAAAGAGCGUUUUCUAGAAAUCAGCUCUCCUGUCGCAGGAUGUGCCUUUUCCUUCCUGGCCUUAGUUUCACUUCCUGUUCUUCACUUCCUGCUUGGUCCGCUUCCAGCCGUUUUAUGCAUUUCACCUGAGCUGAGAAGGAACUAAGCCAACUCUUUGAUCCCCUUAAAAGUCAUGAACACCUUUGUGAACAAAGCCAGGAGGAAAGAAUGGAAAGCUUUAGCGUUGGUCGCGGCCCGGAUCGCUUAAAGCGAAGUUGCUGCUGAUCGAUUGAUCUGGGGAGUGUUUCAAAACUGCCGUCGCUCAACUGUUUCGUUCCCACCCACGUUGCUGAGUUUGAACCAGCCUUUCCCUGUCACCAAAAACACCUCUUCUCUUUUGAGUUUUGAUGUAACUUUGCUCUGUUCCCCGCUUUCUUUGGUAAAGCGGCAAUGCUAGACUUGGUGGGGUUUUUUAAUACCAUGGCAGGGAGCGGCUGUUUAACUUCUGGAAACCUAUGAAACGUUUUUCCUCUUGCAUAUGGGAGGUGAACUCCAUAUGGGCUUUUGUACCCCAUGGUUGGCUUAUUCAUUCAUUGGGGGGUUGUGAUGCUUUUUCCAUUCCUUGUGAAUCUUUUCAGCCCCUCCUGGGUGUCACCGUCACACACAAUGCCCAAGUGCAAAGUUAAGCCAUAUUUCUUCUCGGGGUAGCGAGAAUGGUGCAGAUCAAAUCCAUAGACUGUUCACCAGUGCCGUCGGCUGCAUGCACCACUUGGCUUGCUUGGUUUUAUCCUGUUGAGUUCUUGUUCUCUUCUGAGUUUUGUGAUUACCCUCAUGUUACGGUUUCAAAGCACUUCUGUGUUGGAUAUAUGCACACACACAUACACGGUUGACUUUUGCCAAUAAUAAACACAAGCCUGCUGCCCCGUUGUGCUCCAUUUCAUGAGUUUGUUCUCCUGCUGUGCUCCUGUUCGCACUGAAGGCUGCUGAGGUAUCUAGAUGAGCUGAUGCUUCUGAUGGGGGCAGAGGUGGGCCUUUGGUCUGGGGAUGCAGAACGUCUUGUUCUGCAAAGCUCUUUGCUCUGUCCUUGCUUCCUUCCAGGUUUCAGCGGCCUGAACCUUUUCAUUCCAGUUGUGCAAGAAGCAGUUUUUUCUUCUUGCCUUCUAGCAAAUUCAAGUUUCUAGAUACCAGUGUCUUAGGAGCAGCUGUAGAUAGACAAUGUGCCACCUACCUGAGACUGUUAGCUUGAACAAAGUGGGAAUUCCAGGGGGAGAACAUACUCCCUUCCAGCUGCCUGCUUCUCUUGGAUGCUGAUGUUGAAGCAAAGUCCCUGUUGGAUGCUGUUUAUUACUCCUUAAAUUCUCUUGGCUUCCCUAUCAAAAGUACAGGCUUCAACCUCCUGUUUUCCUGAGAUUAUUCUCUUUUCUAAUUUGCACCAAGAGGAACCAGGCAGUUGAGCAAGCAGUAGAUCCGUGCCCCGAUGACAAUUAUGCCCCGGAUAGUUUUCAAACCUAUCCAGUAUGGUCAAGGAGCCUGUGUUUGCAAAGGUUAAACCAUUUUGUUUGCUGUGAAUUACUGAAACCUUUGGAGGAGAAGGAAGCCGGCAAAGAGCACCGUUCACAGCUACUGUUACUGCUACCUUGAUUAAUAAACUACUACCUGCAACUCA